AUGUAUCGGGUUUGGUUUGCUAGAGUAACUUGUUUCGAUGUUUCGGGCUUACUUCAGUGCCUUAAUUGCUUGCAUCUGGAGCAUGGUAUUGAUUUGAGUAGUGUUGCUGGUGGUGGUGAUGGAGAAGGUAGUAUAGGUGCUAUUGGUGGUGAGAAAAAUGGUAAGAUUGGUGCUGGUGGUGGUGAUGAAAAUGGUUGGAUAGGUGCUGGUGGCGGCGAUACGAUAGGUAGUGUUGGUGCUGGAGGUGGGGAAGUUAAUGGUAGUAUUGGUGCUGAUGGAGGUGACAUAAAUGGUAGUGUUGGUGCUGGUGGAGGUGUAGUAAAUGGUAAUGUUGGUGCUGGUGGAGGUGUAGCAAAUGGUAAUGUUGGUGCUGGUGGAGGUGUAGGAAAUGGUAAUGUUGGUGCUGGUGGAGGUGUAGUAAAUGGUAGUGUUGGUGCAGGUGGCGGUGAUAUGAAUGGUAGUAUUGGUGAAGGUGGAGGUGAUAAAGGGAUUGGUGUUGGUGGUGGGGAUACAAAUGGUAGUGUUGGUGCAGGUGGAGGUGAAAAAGGGAUUGGUGUUGCUGGUGGUGAUGCAAAUGGUAGUGCUGGUACAGGUGGAGGUGAUAGAGGGAUUGGUGUUGGAGGUGGUGAUGGAAAUGGUAGUGUUGGUGAAGGUGGAGGUGAUAACGGGAUUAUUGGUGUUGGUGGUGGUGAUGCAGAUGGUAUUAUUGGUGCAGGUGGUGGUGGUAGAAGGAUUGGUGGCGGUGGAUUGAAUAUUGUUGGUGGUGGAAAUAGUGGUGGAAGUAUUGGUGGCGGUGGCGCAAAUAUUGGGAUGUCUGGUGGUGGUGGUGACGCAAAUAGUGGUGGAACUAUUGGUGGUGGUGGUGACGCAAAUAGUGGUGGAACUAUUGGUGGUGGUGGUGGUGGUAAUACUGGGACGUCCGGUGGCGGUGGUGAAAAUGGUAGGACUGGUGGUGGUGGUGAUGGGAUUGCUAUAGGAGGUGAUAGUGGUGGCGACAAUAGAGGUGGUGGUGUAGAAGGUACCAACGGUGAGGGCGGUGGCAAUAGAGGUGCAAGUGGAGGUAUUAGGGGUGGUGGUGGAGAAGGAACUAAAGGUGGUGGUGGUAACACAAUUGGGGAAGGAGGGGUCACAAUUGGAGGUGGUGCAGAUGGUAUGAAAGGUGGCAUCAUAGGCGGAGAUGGUGUAAUGGGCGCCAAAGGCGGUGUAAUGGGCGCCAAAGGCGGUGUAAUGGGCAUCAAAGGUGGUGUAAAGGGCAUCAAAGGCGGUGAUAGUGGCGGUGAAGGCCUUGGUCUAGGCAUAAAUGGGUUACUAGGCGAAGAUCGAUCAAACGGCCAUUGCCCACAGCUUCCAAAGAUAAACUGGUAA